AUGACACCACCGGACAAUUCGUCUACUGAGAGCCGCAUGCACACCCUGUUUGCGGACUUCCAAAAAUCAAUUGAGACUUCCGACAGAGCCCGAGUCUCUGCAGAGCCCAGAGUGCCAUCUCAGAAGAUACCUCGCUCGAUACUUAAGAACCGUGAGCGCACCUCGCCCCGCCGAGAUAGACCCGAACAUGGAUUACUCAAAAGAGUGCGAUUCGAGCCAGCUUCAGGAGUCCCGUUGAAGGAAUCCGUGCUAUCCGGCGCGCACACGCCGGAGAAGUCCAUAGCUAGCUGGUUAGUUUUCUUUCUCGUUGCCCCCUCUCCUCCCAUCAUCAGCACCCCUGUCCUCUUGCUAAUUUAUUACGCAGGCCGAGCAGGCGAAAAAGGUCACUUCGCGGAAAAGUUAAACUACACGAACGACAAAGUCGUCGCAACGGAGGAAAUUCCCCUCAAAGUAUGGAGAACAAAGGUGAUAUUGAAGUCCUCGGAAAGAAAGUCAAGAGCUUCAAAAGGGAAUUGGAAACCAUGCGAUCCUGCAGAUCGGAUGCUCGCAGCAGCGAACAAGACAAACACAGAUAUCUGUAAGGCCCCACCCGAAGUGGGUACGUCCAGUUACCGCCAUUCAAUUCUCUGCUUUCCAUCUUCGGGAUCGCCCUUGCAAUCCAGCCAAGAUGCCUGCGAGAAGACCGCAAGUAGCGACUUUACUACGUCUGCACUCAGCUCGUCGCCGGCUUGA